CCUCUAUAUAUAGAUCCUCAGACACUGAAUCCACCACUCUCACAAAUAACUUCAGAUUCUUGCAAUAUGCUGAAUGUGCUAUUACUAUUGUCUCUCUGCUUCAGUGCCAUUUCUGCCCUUGAAAAUGGGCUUGCUAGAACUCCUCAGAUGGGAUGGAACAGCUGGAACCAUUUUAACUGUGACAUUCAAGAGAACUUGAUUAGGGAAACAGCUGAUGCAAUGGUGUCAUCUGGGCUUGCUGCUCUUGGCUACAAGUAUAUAAAUCUUGAUGAUUGCUGGGCUGAACUAAACAGAGAUGCUCAGGGAAACUUAGUUGCAAAAGCCUCAAAAUUUCCUUCUGGAAUCAAAGCACUGGCAGAUUAUGUUCAUGGGAAGGGACUAAAGCUUGGGAUUUACUCUGAUGCUGGAAAUCAAACAUGCAGCAAGCAAAUGCCUGGAUCAUUGGGAUAUGAAGAGCAAGAUGCAAAGACUUUUGCCUCAUGGGGAGUUGAUUACUUGAAGUAUGACAACUGUAACAACAAUGGCAUCAGCCCUAAGGAAAGGUAUCCUGUGAUGGCAAAGGCUUUGCUGAAUUCUGGGAGGAAAAUCUUCUACUCUAUGUGUGAAUGGGGGUUAGAAGAUCCAGCAACUUGGGCCAAGUCUAUUGGGAACAGCUGGCGAACAACGGGAGACAUUCGCGAUGACUGGAACAUUAUGACUUCGCUGGCGGACCAGAAUGACCGAUGGGCGAAGUAUGCAGGGCCAGGUGGAUGGAAUGAUCCUGAUAUGUUGGAAGUUGGGAAUGGAGGGAUGAGUAGCGAAGAAUAUCGGUCACAUUUCAGCAUAUGGGCAUUGAUCAAAGCUCCUCUGUUGAUCGGGUGUGAUGUCCGGUCAAUGGACAAAGUGACAGUGGAGAUUCUAAGCAAUAAGGAGGUGAUUGCUGUGAACCAAGAUAAACUUGGCAUUCAAGGGAAAAAGCUGAAGCAAUAUGGAGAUUUAGAGGUGUGGGGAGGAGCCCUGACCAGAAACAGAGUAGCUGUUGCUUUGUGGAACAGAGGAUCUUCAGAAGCUACUAUCACUGCUCACUGGUCGGAUAUCGGCCUUAAUCACACUGCACUCGUCUAUGCAAGAGACUUGUGGGCGCAUAAAACCCGGAAAUCGCAAGGAAAAAUCUCAGCUUCUGUAGCUUCACAUGACUGUAAAAUGUAUAUUCUCACUCCUAAUUGACAACCUUGAGGAGGCUAAACUUAUAAUGAUGCAACAAAAUAAUUAUGACUAUACUUGA